CCUUGGGAUUUGCAGAACCAGAGUCAGGGAAGCUUCUAGGCUUCUUGUGCCAUAGGGCUUGACCCCUCACCUGGCACUUCCAGAUAACUAGCCUGUGAGGGGCCCCUCGGAGCGUCACGCAAAGCGGAGCCCCACAUCUUCGCUUGAAGUCUUUCGUGGCUAAGCCACUUGACAAACUUGACAAGCAGCAAAAAAAGCUCGUAGAAAACGAACGGAACAGGAGGAAGAAGAGGGGAAGUGAAGGCUGAAGCCUCGAUGGCUUCUCUUCCCCUCCCCGCUGUCGUUCCAGCUGUAGCCUGGGAUUAAUUAAGUGUUGUGAAUUCAGUGCCUGAGAGAGAAGGGGAAAAAUGAACUGUAUCUCUAAGGAAGGAAGGAGUUCAGAGACGGUUUUUCAGCAGUGAGGAACCUUAGGCGGUGCAUCGGUCUCGUCUCGUCGCCACUGUUUUUGUGCAGGGGCUGAGAAAGCCAGAGAGGCUGUGCCAGGCUGGAGGAGACUUGUCUUUCCAAGGCUGGAGAGGAUUUCACGCGGGUUUGCUUGCAGCUGCCCGGGAAGAAAUUCCCCUCUGGUGGCAGCAGCCGCAGCAGCAGCGGCGGCGGCGGCGGCAGCGGUGGCGGCGGCGGCAGCAGCAACGGCGGCAGCCCUACCUCCUCUUCUGGGGCACAAGGCAGAAUGCCUGUGCUAGAGCGGUACUUCCACUCGGCAGAACUAGGCAGGAGGUGGACGGCCCCAGAAGGUGUGCUGCCCUCCACCCUAGGCAGCAGGUCGGGGUGCCAGCAGGGGCCGCUGCCCUGGGACUUGCCAGAGAUGAUCAGGAUGGUAAAGCUGGUUUGGAAGUCCAAAAGUGAACUGCAGGCAACCAAGCCGAGAGGCAUUCUGGAAAAUGAAGAUGCUUUCCACGGCUUCCCAGGAGAUGUACGACUAAGGGGUCAGACCGGGGUUCCUGCCGAACGCCGCGGCUCCUACCCAUUCAUUGACUUCCGUCUACUCAACAAUACAACACACUCAGGGGAAAUCGGCACCAAGAAGAAGGUGAAAAGACUGUUAAGCUUCCAAAGAUACUUCCAUGCGUCUAGGCUUCUCCGUGGGAUUAUACCGCAGGCCCCCCUCCACCUGCUGGAUGAAGACUACCUUGGACAAGCAAGGCACAUGCUCUCCAAAGUUGGAACGUGGGACUUUGACAUUUUCCUGUUUGAUCGCUUGACAAAUGGGAACAGUCUGGUAACACUGUUAUGUCACCUCUUCAACACCCAUGGACUCAUCCACCAUUUCAAGCUGGAUAUGGUGACCUUACACAGGUUUUUGGUCAUGGUUCAGGAAGAUUACCAUGGUCACAACCCGUAUCACAAUGCUGUUCAUGCAGCCGACGUCACCCAGGCCAUGCACUGUUACCUGAAGGAGCCCAAGUUGGCCAGCUUCCUCACACCUCUGGAUAUCAUGCUUGGACUACUGGCUGCAGCAGCUCAUGACGUUGAUCAUCCGGGGGUGAACCAGCCAUUUCUGAUCAAAACCAACCACCACCUUGCCAACCUGUAUCAGAAUAUGUCCGUCCUGGAGAAUCACCACUGGCGAUCUACAAUUGGCAUGCUUCGGGAAUCAAGGCUUCUUGCUCACUUGCCAAAGGAAAUGACACAGGAUAUUGAACAGCAGCUGGGCUCCCUGAUCUUGGCCACCGACAUCAACAGACAGAAUGAGUUUCUCACCCGCUUGAAAACCCACCUCCACAAUAAAGACUUGAGACUGGAGAAUGUACAAGACAGACACUUUAUGCUUCAGAUCGCCUUGAAGUGUGCUGACAUUUGCAAUCCGUGUCGAAUCUGGGAGAUGAGCAAACAGUGGAGUGAAAGGGUCUGUGAAGAAUUCUACAGGCAAGGUGACCUUGAGCAGAAAUUUGAACUGGAAAUCAGUCCUCUUUGUAAUCAACAGAAAGACUCAAUCCCUAGCAUACAAAUCGGUUUCAUGACUUACAUCGUGGAGCCGCUCUUCCGGGAGUGGGCCCGGUUCACCGGGAACAGCACCCUGUCGGAGAACAUGCUAAGCCAUCUGGCUCACAACAAAGCCCAAUGGAAGAGCCUGCUGUCCAAGCAGCACAGACGCAGGGGCAGCGGCCAGGACUCUGCAGCCCCCACAUCUGAGACCCUGGAGCAGACGGAAGGCGCCACGCCCUAAGACAGCCCAGUCUGCAGGAGCAAGGCCAUCUGACCGCCCUCGCCACAAACCCACCACUCUGGGCUUCGAAUGCCACCCGCCUGCCACUUACCGCCUCCCUUCGUUGAUCCAAGUGUACAGAAGCCAUUGUCACCUCAGCAUUAGCUGCCGAAAUAAGCGGCUUCGUCCUGUCCCUGGAGCUGAUCCUGGGGCUGCUGCCCCAACCGAAAAGACCAGGAGUAAGGAAGAGGUGCUUCUGCCAUGUCCCGCUCUGGCCCUUGGUCACACUGACUGGCAGAGGCUCCUACGUCCAGAGCAUUUUAGGGUUUGCCAUCAGACCGCUGACCUGCAUGACAACACCAGCAAACUUGGAACUGCAAGACUGGUCUUCGUGCCAGAGCACAAACGAGAGUGUGAGAGAAAGUAUCUUCUAUUUUAAUAAUAAUUAUUAUUAUAAAAUAAUAAUGAAUCUUUUUAACUUUUCUAUUUCAUGCACCAGGCAAUGGGUCUAAAUCUUUGGACUAAGAUUACUCAGUGUACCCAAACCUGAAGAGGGGGUUCAUUGUUUUGCUAUUGACUCUUUGCCACUUUUAGUCAGAGAUUUGGCAUCUUUGCAAUUUAUGAAACCCUGUGUUUCCCCUCCCGGCUGGUAGCAGGUGCUGUACAGUUCAUUCCUUUGCACCUCCGGCCCAUCUAUCUUUUACGGAUUCAGUGACCUGUUUAUAUUCACACGUGUACACUUUCUGUAAAUACCAAACGCUACUGAUUCCCAUGCCAAAAUACACGAGUAUUAUGGGAUUGCUACCUGUAUAAACAAUGGCACUGUGAACAGAAUACUGUUAGUUUUAAUACAAGAGAAUGCAUUUGUAAAUAUGGUAUAGAGUUUAUUAAUAUACUGUUGUUCGCAGAUAAAGGCCUUAACUUUAAACAUCUUUCCUCUUCCCAAAGCUGCCCAACUAAAUCUUUAGGGACGUCUUUCUGAACUGCCUGCCCCCAGUCACCAUCUCUCUGCUCUCCUGCUAAGGUCACAAGCCGAAACUGAGUAUCGUCUUGGAGGGGACUUUUUUAGGGGGGAAACUUCUCAUGCAUUCCUCUUGAGGCCGUAGUUUUUAAUCUAUGGCACCAAGUAUGGUUUCCUCAGAAUAAACACACCCUUUCUGCAAGAUGGAGGUGGCUUUCCAGUGCAGCAGUCUUGCAUGCUGUUUUAACAAGCCCGCCGAUAAGCUUGUGUGUAUGUGACUCCUGCUAGAGAACACGGGGCGCAUCAACCUCCCAGGAGACAUAGCAGGUCUCAACAGGGUCCUAUGACCCUGCCAUCUAACCAUCAGGGAACUCCCGGCUCCCGUGCCACACAUUGUCUGUUAUGGCUACAAUACCAAAGUCUCUUUGGUCCGUGGUUGGUUGGUGUGCACUUCUUUGGUGUUGAUAGUAACUGGAGAUUACGUUUUUUUUUUUCUAUAGCUUCAUGUGAACAACUGCCCAACUCUUUAGCUGAAUUUAACAUUAUUUAAGGAAAGAAGCUAUUUCAGUUUUAUUAGAGACUUUACCCUCCUCGCAGGUCUUUGUGGUUCAUUAGGCUGUAACCAGCAGAGUCAGCUGGGGAUGCUGUUGCCACUCUUCUGAAGCCCUUGGCUGUAAAAUCGAGUGCUUCGGCAUCCUUACUCAGGCAAACUCUGCACGUUGAGCCUUUUCUCUAUGAGUUCUAGCAUAGAUAAUGUUAGAUGGGAGCUACCGGUGCCCCCUUUCUCUUUACUGAACAUGGAGCGGGAACAUGUCGGCCGUGAUGAAGCCACUUCUCAAGCUGAUAGAGACAGCUAGCUAGCUCUCAUUUCCAAUGUGCAACUGAUGUGGGUCUGUUUCUCCUGACAAUACAAGAGAAAUGUGAAGAGCUUGACUGGCCUGGAAUAUGUUCUUACAGAAAGAUUGGGACUUGCAGACUUAAGGUUUUGGAGGGAAUUGGAACUUUGGAUAUAUUUUUCAUUGAAGUAGGCAAGGUUGUCAGAAGGAGCGCUAAGAAAGACAUGAAGGACUUAGGAAAUGGGUGGAGGAUGCUUUGAAAUUCCUGAUAUGGGUGAGAAGGGAGAUCGAGGAAACUUAACACUAACUUUUGUUUUCUGUAGCAGCUGUGAACUGACUUACGUUUCUUUAUUGCUAUGGUAUUCUGAGGGUCUGAGCUUAAGCAAGGCCUCAGACAAGAUGGAUGGAUGGAUGGAUGGAUGGAUGGAUGGAUGGAUGGAUUCCUGCUUCAAACCCUCCCUUGGGAAAGUGGGGCUGUAGUAGUCUGGUUUUAUAUAUGUGAGAUCAUAUAAAAGAAAUCAAUUGCUCAGGAUGACAAAAUAAAAUCAGUAAAGAAAGCAUUGUUUUUAGCCAGUGAAAUCUCUCCCUGGAGUUAAGGAAGUAGAGUUUGCUUACAUUAUGAUUAUAUUGUGAGUUAAUUAGGACGGGGCAUUCUUAGUAGUUAUAGGGGAAGGGUUUUCACAUUGCAGCUGAGUCCUAAAUAGGAGUUAACAAAUAAAACUACCAAAUAGCCAAUGGUUCUAAGACACAAAUCUAAUGAAAAUCAGCAGUAAAGGGGGGCGUGCCGCAUACAUGGAUGCACCUUCCUUUUUCUGCCAUCUACAAACUUGAGCUCCACGUUUGUGGGCAAAAAUUGACGGUGAAAACUCUUGCUUUUCCUGCCUGCUAAUGGCUCUCAGAAGAAUUUAAUACAAGCUGUCCAAGUAUUAGUGGAGACACGGCUCUUGAUUUGUUGAUUUGUGUAUCACUACAGCUUUGAAGUCUCAACCUGUGAGUCCACCUAGCUCAUGUUUAAUUCCUUCGUUGCUUGGAAAUGAAGGCCUCAAAGAACUGUUUUAGCAAGCCAAAGUCAAGAUCUCAGAGAGAGAAAGAGAAAGAGAGAAAGAGGGAGAGAGAGAGAGAGAGAGAGAGAGAGAGAGAAUACAUCACUGUCGGGCAUGAUAAUCAGAGCCUACUUUUCUUUGCGUUCAUUGAAUAAACAGUCAGACCUGAUACGUGAAACCCCGCCAACCCAUAGUUUCCUGUUAGGUUGAGUAAAACCUAGCAUUUUUCUGUCUCCCCCCCCCCACCGCUUACAAUGUCCCACAAAGGGCCUUGGAGCACAUCCGCAACCCCGUCUUCAGAUAGCCCUCCCGCUAAAACACAGCUUGGUGACCUUUUGUGUUGAAUCAGAUAUCCUCACUGACUUCGAUGUGGUUAUGAGCUUGUAUCUCACUGUAUUCCUCAUGCCUUGUUCUUUUAAGAGCCCAUAAAAUUGUGUCAUCUUGUGUACACAUGUAAAGUUUAAAAAAAAAAAAAAACAACUUGUGAGUUUUGCUCAAAAUGUGACCGAAAUAUUUAUUGGCAUGUCUAUCCAGAUGAACACUUAAAAAUAAAGAUUGUUUCU